UCAGUUUUAACAUCCGCACCCAAGAAUGAACACGUAGUUAAAAUCAAGCUAAGGAGAAUUGACAAGAGCUAUAGUUUUUUUUUCUGAGAAGUGAUACAAAGAAAAUAUUAUGUGUAUAUAGAGAAAAAUCCAGAAGGUCAAGUAACCAGUUUUCCUAGUAAGCUGCUGAGCGACAAAAGAAAAUCAAGGCGUAGCCCCCUGCUGCCAAAUAAAACAAAAAAAAAAAUUGCAAAUAUAGGAAAAAUCAAUUUCCUUUGCCUUUUGGAGAAUCUUUGCUGUAUGAAAAUGAAGAGCUGGCUUUGAGUUUUUUUCUUUUGGAAAAUUGCUGUAAGUAAGGCAUAACCAGGAUUUGGGGCAUCAUGGAACACCUGAGAUUGCCCUAUGGCCUGGGCGUUACCCUGGCCAUAGUUUUGUUAAGCUGUUCUUUGUUACAAGUUAAAGCAUCCGAAGAUGAAGAGCGUCUGGUACGUGACCUCUUUCGAGGGUACAAUAAACUCAUACGACCCGUACAAAAUAUGACACAAAAAGUUGGAGUAAGAUUUGGUUUGGCGUUCGUACAGCUAAUCAAUGUCAAUGAGAAAAAUCAAAUUAUGAAAUCAAACGUAUGGUUACGUUUGGUUUGGUAUGAUUAUCAAUUACAAUGGGACGAAGCUGAUUACGGCGGCAUCGGUGUUCUGCGUCUGCCGCCCGAUAAGGUUUGGAAACCGGAUAUUGUAUUGUUCAAUAAUGCUGAUGGCAACUAUGAAGUCCGUUAUAAAUCCAACGUCUUGAUCUAUCCAACGGGUGAAGUGCUGUGGGUUCCACCUGCCAUUUAUCAGAGUUCAUGCACCAUUGAUGUCACCUACUUUCCCUUCGAUCAGCAGACAUGCAUUAUGAAAUUCGGAUCGUGGACCUUUAACGGUGAUCAGGUGUCCCUGGCCUUGUAUAACAAUAAGAAUUUCGUAGAUCUCUCGGAUUAUUGGAAAUCUGGUACAUGGGACAUCAUUGAGGUGCCCGCCUAUCUAAAUGUCUACGAAGGUGAUGGCAAUCAUCCCACGGAAACCGAUAUCACAUUCUACAUCAUCAUACGAAGGAAGACACUUUUCUACACGGUGAAUUUAAUUCUGCCCACAGUGUUGAUUUCGUUCCUUUGCGUCUUGGUCUUCUAUCUGCCCGCUGAAGCUGGAGAAAAAGUCACAUUGGGUAUUAGCAUUUUGCUGUCACUGGUUGUGUUCCUGCUGCUGGUAUCGAAGAUUCUACCGCCCACAUCGCUGGUGCUGCCCCUCAUAGCCAAGUAUCUGCUAUUCACUUUCAUUAUGAACACCGUGUCCAUUCUGGUCACUGUGGUCAUCAUCAAUUGGAACUUUAGGGGACCGCGCACACAUCGUAUGCCGAAUUGGAUACGGCGUGCCUUCCUACAGUACUUGCCUGCCAUACUGCUAAUGAAACGUCCGCGCAAGACCCGCCUGAGGUGGAUGAUGGAGAUGCCGGGCACCAGUGCUCAAACGUAUCCCACAUCGUAUGGCUCACCGGCGGAAAUGCCCAAACAGAUCAGCGCCAUUGGUGGUAAGCAGUCGAAGAUGGAAGUUAUGGAAUUGUCAGAUUUACAUCAUCCUAACUGUAAGAUUAAUCGUAAAGUGAACAGUGGCGCCGAAUUGGGUCUCGGCGAUCAUGGCCGGAGAGAAAGUGAAUCAUCCGAUUCGAUAUUGCUGUCGCCGGAAGCGAGUAAGGCCACCGAAGCGGUCGAGUUCAUAGCCGAACAUUUGAGGAACGAGGAUCUAUAUAUUCAGACCCGUGAGGAUUGGAAAUAUGUUGCAAUGGUUAUUGAUCGACUGCAGCUGUAUUUGUUCUUCAUAGUAACCACUGCCGGUACCAUAGGCAUUUUAAUGGAUGCCCCACAUAUCUUCGAAUAUGUCGAUCAGGAUCGUAUCAUCGAAAUCUACAGAGGCAAAUAGAAAUGUUUUAAACAAACUAACAAAACAACAAAAACCAAACUGAUUUUUUUUAAACAAUAAAAAAAUUAAAAACCAAAAACUCAAAAUAAAGUUAAACAUUGCAAUUUGCAACAAUAAUAAUUAGAGAAGGAAAAUAUAAACAAAAACUAAUAAAGAAAAGGAAAUUUUUAACAUAAGAAUAGUAAAAGAAAACAAAAAAACAGCAACCCAAAGAAAAAAAAACCGGCACCAAAGCUAAUGAAACACUUCCAUAACCAAAACUAAAAAAA